AUGGAGUCCCCUAAUCACACUCAUCUGGACCCUUCUGUCUUCUUUCUCCUGGGCAUUCCAGGUUUGGAACAGUUUCACCUGUGGUUCUCACUCCCUGUGUGUUGCCUGGGCACAGCCACAAUUGUAGGCAACAUAACUAUCCUGGUUGUUGUUGCCACUGAACCAGCCCUGCACAAGCCUGUGUAUCUUUUCCUGUGUAUGCUUUCAACCAUCGACUUGGCUGCUUCCUUUUCCACUGUUCCCAAGCUUCUUGCCAUCUUCUGGUGCGGAGCAGGGCACAUCUCUGCAUCUGCCUGCCUGGUACAAAUGUUCUUCAUUCAUGCCUUCUGCAUGAUGGAGUCUACUGUGCUACUGGCCAUGGCCUUUGAUCGCUAUGUGGCUAUCUGUCACCCACUUCGCUAUGUCACUAUUCUCACCAACACCAUCAUUGCCCGCAUAGGGGUGAUAGCUAUGAUACGAGGCUCUUUGCUAAUGCUCCCAUGUCCCUUUCUCAUUAGACGUUUGAGCUUCUGCCAAAGUCAUGUGAUCCCACACACAUAUUGUGAGCAUAUGGCUGUAGUGAAGUUGGCCUGCGGAGACACCAGGCCUAACCGUGUGUAUGGGCUGACCGCAGCUCUGCUGGUCAUUGGGGUUGACUUGUUCUGCAUCAGUCUCUCCUAUGCCUUCAUUGCACAAGCUGUCCUUCACCUCUCAUCUCAAGAAGCUCGGUCCAAGGCCCUAGGAACUUGUGGUUCCCAUGUAUGCGUCAUCCUCAUCUCUUACACACCAGCCCUCUUCUCCUUUUUCACCCAUCGCUUUGGCCAUAAUGUUCCACUUCAUAUUCACAUUCUUUUGGCCAAUGUCUAUCUGCUUUUCCCACCUGCUCUUAACCCUGUGGUAUAUGGAGUUAAGACCAAGGAAAUUCGGGAAAGGGUUGUCAGAGUAUUUCUGAGGGAACAGGCAACUGGAGUCAAGACAUCUGAAUGA